UGAUGUUAGGAGCCCACAGAAAGCUUCCUCAACUAGUACUUCUGAUGAAGUGUUGAUCAUGUCACCACCAUUCAAAAAACUCAAGACAGAUAUACCAGAAACAUCGACAUCUGGUGCUCAGUUUGUAACAUUUGAUCAGCUUGAGGAUAUCCUGGAGAAUUACGUCAAAAAGGCUGAGUUCAGAAGAUAUCGGAAGAAGUUAGAAAGUCAGGAGCCUGCCAACGAUACUGACAAAGAAAUUGAAAAAAUUAUAAGUGAGCAGAAGGGGGCCUUUGAGGCAGGGCUCAAACACUUCUUUACCACUGAAGAAAUUCAGAACCACAGUGCUACCGGUAAAAAGGCUAACAAAGACCAUGUUGUUAAACCCAAGUUUGAUCCGGCAAAAUACAACUUAAUUAGCAAGCUAGUUCAGAAGCAUUUUAGAAUAACUCACAAGGAAGUGGUCAUUAAGACCCAAAAUGUAAAGCGCAAGUAUUCUAAGUGA